AUGGCAUGGCCAGACAACAACACCUCAAACUGCCGGGAAACCUACUCCUAUUUUGGCUCGGCAGACUAUCUGCGCAAUGCAUAUCAUUUCACAGCACUUUUAACAGUUCCUCUAUCCAUAUUCACAUUUUACACAGUUAUAACAAAGACGCCAAAGCGGAUGAAAAAUAUGAAAAUCCCACUUUUAAUAUCCCUGGCUUGGAGCACAAAUCUCGAUUUGAUGUUCACAGUGUACUCGGGGCCGUAUAUAUUUUUUCCGAGUGCCUCCGGAGUACCCCUUGGGCUUCUAGGAUAUUUGGGAGUAGGUGUCAAGUGGCAGUCGUAUUGGGGACAGGUUUCCGUCACUAUGAUGGGUGUCUGUUUUAUAAUGCUCUAUGAAAAUCAACAUAGUCAAAUUUCCACGAUUCGAUUCAAAAUCAAACGGAGAAAAACUCGUUUAACAUAUUUCGCAUUAAACUAUUUAUUCACAUUUGUUGUUAUGCUUCCAUUUUAUCUAGACGACACUGACCAAUUGAAAAUGAGACAGAAGGUCUUGGAGAGAAUCCCCUGUCCGACGAGCGAAUUCUGGGACCCAAAAACCUAUGUACUGCUGCAGGGCGGAGAGGUCUUGCCAUUCUGGUCAAUCACAAUUGGUUUUGGAUUUGUUAUUUUCCAAACUUUUUUCUUUUUGUUACACACCGUUUAUCACCUCACACUAGUAUCAAGUGCCAAAAUAUCGGCGGCGACGAAGAAUCUUCAGCGAAAGUUUCUGAAGAAUGUUUCUAUUCAGAUCUCAAUUCCAUGGAUUGCCAUUGCAUUUCCUGUGGCCUACACUAUGUAUGCAGACAAAAUGAAUUACUAUAAUCAAGCCUACAACAACAACGCUAUGCUAAUUAUGGCAAAUCACGGACUUCUAUGCACCUGUUGCACCCUUUUUAUUUACAAACCAUACAGAGAUUUCACUAAAAGUCUGAUCCCUGGACAACGAUUUUCACAACGGAGAAUGACUAUCAUCGUGGAACCUGUGACGUCUCCACAUGGAAGUGUGUCUAAUUAG